AUGCUAGGCCAAGAAAGUAUUAAUGAUGGUAAUUUUUAUCGACAUCAUAGUGCGCAAAUAUUGCUAAGCUUAGACACUCAUAGUGCUAUGUUUAUUGUUCAUGAAAGAUGGACACCAAAAGAUAUCAGUAAAUUAUUUCAAGCAAUUCAACUAUUAGCACCAUCAAUACGAAAUGUUUCGCUUGAUAUGGGAAUUGUUGAAUUGAUCACGGCUGGCUUAUCAAGCAUGGAUUUUAAUCGAUGGCACACUUUUCAAUGUUAUUUGAAAACGUUAGAGGGACAAGCUGCUGAAGAUUCUGUACAUGUACAGUGUAUACCAUCUACCUGUCAAAAGACAUUUUUUCCAAAUGUUACUGAGUUUACGGUUCAAAUUGGUGAGCGUGACUAUUCGGCAUUAACACGUUUGAUGGAUUAUUCGGUUGAUGCUCAAACACUUUUUUCGCUUGAUAAAAUUGAGCUUUUUCGUGUACAUUUCAUUUCUACCACUGAAACACAAUUACGUGGUUCGUGUUUUACGCAAGAAGAACGUUUUUCCAGGAAGCGAACAUCGAAACAUUUGCAAAAUUUCAAAAAAUGGAUUGGAACGACUAAUUUAGGUGAACGAUACUGUCAACAGUACUCAUAA